CGGCAGGUGGUCGUGUCCACGAACAUCGCCGAGACGUCGCUGACCAUCGACGGCGUCGUGUUCGUGAUCGACCCGGGCUUCUCCAAGCAGAAGGUGUACAACCCCCGCAUCCGCGUCGAGUCGCUGCUGGUGUCGCCUAUCAGCAAGGCGUCGGCUCAGCAGCGGGCUGGUCGCGCCGGACGCACCAAGCCGGGCAAGUGUUUCCGACUGUACACGGAGAAAGCGUUCAAGUCGAGAUGCAGACAAACGUACCCGGAGAUCCUGCGCUCCAACCUGGGCACGGUGGUGCUGCAGCUGAAGAAGCUCGGCAUUGACGACCUGGUGCACUUUGACUUCAUGGACCCGCCGGCGCCCGAGACGCUGAUGCGCGCGCUCGAGCUGCUCAACUACCUGGCGGCGCUGGAUGACUCGGGCAACCUGACCGAUCUGGGUGCCAUCAUGGCCGAGUUUCCGCUGGACCCCCAACUGGCUAAGAUGCUGAUCGCCUCCACGGACUACAACUGCAGCAACGAGAUUCUCAGCAUCACGGCGAUGCUGUCAGUCCCACAGUGUUUCGUGCGGCCCAACGACGCGCGGAAGGCUGCGGACGAGUCCAAGAUGCGCUUCGCCCACAUUGACGGCGAUCAUCUGACGCUGCUCAACGUCUACCACGCCUUCAAGCAGAACAUGGAGGACCCGCACUGGUGCCACGACAAUUUCGUCAACUAUCGUUCCCUGAAGUCGGCCGACAACGUGCGUCAGCAGCUGUCACGCAUCAUGGACCGCUUCAACAUGCCCAGGAGGUCCACCGACUUCACCUCGCGCGAAUACUACAUCAACAUCCGCAAGGCCCUCGUCUCAGGGUUUUCAUGCAGGUGGGUGGCGCAUCUGGAGCGGACCGGACACUACCUGACCUGCAAGGACAACCAGGUGGUGCAGCUCCAUCCGUCCACCUGCCUCGACCACAAGCCCGAGUGGGUCCUCUACAACGAGUUCGUGCUCACCACCAAAAACUACAUUCGCACCGUGACCGACAUCAAAGCGGAAUGGCUGGUGAAAAUCGCGCCGCAGUACUACGAGAUGAGCAACUUCCCGCAAUGCGAGGCCAAACGCCAGUUGGAGCUGCUCAUAGCGAAGCUGGAGUCGAAGCAGUUCCGCGACGGCUUCUAGGUGUUUGCGGCUGCUAGCCAGCAGAGCGGCGCGGGCGGCGAUCGCCGCGGACACCGCUGCCUCCGGCGGGCUCCUCUGCCCGUGCUCUCCUGAGGUGGCUACUUCCGCGUUCAGAACGGUGUGCCGAGAGGCUCCGCUAGAUUAGCUGAUCCGAAAAUGCGGGCCGCACCUGUCUAGUUCUGUCUCGAUCGGAAUGUCCAGCAGUCGUGCGGAUAGGUUUCUGGAUUCAUCGCCGCGGUCUCGACUAUGUUCGCGUGGUGCUGACCGGUUUCAUUUGCUAGCCACUGUGCUUACAUACACCCAUAGUUGGAGCGGCGCCUUGACCAGUUGGCUGUUCCACCCGGUCGCGCCGCGACUCCGUACCUCGAUGGCGCACCGGCCGUGAGUCGGUGCGGACGUGCUGCACUCGGCAUGGCGUCACGGCGUGCGUCCCCGUCCGCGAGCCGGUGUACGGGAGCACUGUCGGCCAGCACCCCUGCUCUGUCGCCUGGAUCUUGUGGGCUGGCUGGCGUUAUUUUAAUCAGUUCAUUCACGCGCAUUGGUGCGGCGCCGCGGCAACCGAGGGGUCUGUGGGCUUCAUUCUCAUUCGUUCCGGCGUCAGCAGUCCUGCUUCAGCGGUGACC